GCAGAAGCAAAGCCGUCACUGACAAACCCCACACCACCACCUUAUCUUCUCUCUACCAAGUGGCCAAAUGGGGUUGGGUUGAUUUGAUCUAUGAUCUAUAUCCAUCUAUGUUUUGUAUUAUAAUAUUCAGGUAUUCAUUUCACUGAGAGCUCUGUGAGGAAAGAUGGUGGCUUUUAGCUUUAUUUUUAUAAAUUAUCCCGAAUUUCUAUGAUGGGUCGUCUCCUUUACCUCUUUUUUUGGAGGGGGAGGAUUCUUUAAAGGACUGACCAAUACCAAAACCAAAUCCCAAUCCUUCCUUCUUUCUUCCCUUUUCAGGAAACUGGUUUAGGGCACCUUCCUUUUUCUGGUUCUCUGUUCUUCCCCCAUCUCUGGCUCGCUCUGUUUUCCAGUAAUCCAUCUCUUCCCAAAGCUCAUGGAGGGCGCCGCUCCGUCCAAUGAACGCCUUGGGUUUGGGAAGAUGGGUUAUGGAUGCGAGCAUUACAGGAGGAGAUGCAAGAUUCGAGCACCUUGCUGCAAUGAAAUUUUCUCCUGCCGCCAUUGCCACAACGAGGCUACGAGCAUGUUGAAGAACCCCUGUGAUCACCACGAGCUAGAUCGGUGUGAUGUCAAGCAAGUUGUAUGUGAAGUUUGUGACACAGAGCAGCCGGUUGCCCAAGUUUGUACAAAUUGUGGUGUCAACAUGGGGGAAUACUUCUGUGGAAUAUGCAAAUUCUUCGAUGAUGAUAUCGAGAAAGGGCAGUUUCACUGUGAUGAUUGUGGUAUCUGCAGAGUUGGUGGUCGUGAGAACUUCUACCACUGCAAGAAGUGCGGUUCUUGCUAUUCGAUUUCCCUCCGAGACAAUCACUCGUGCGUGGAGAACUCAAUGCGCCACCAUUGCCCAAUAUGCUACGAGUACUUAUUUGACUCCAUGAAGGAGACUAUAGUAAUGUUAUGUGGGCACACAAUGCACCGUGAAUGUCGCGAUGAAAUGAUGAGGCACGACAAAUACUGUUGUCCAAUAUGUUCAAAGUCAGUCAUUGACAUGUCCAAGGCUUGGAAAAACAUAGACGAGGAGAUCGAAGCAACAGUCAUGCCAGAGGACUACCGAAACAAAAAGGUGGGACCGAUUUACUUUCACUUGAUCUCCAUCUUUCUGCCGAUUGAGCCGGUUAUGAAAAUGAACAUCGGGAUCUUUUUCUGUCACCAGGUUUGGAUCCUAUGCAAUGACUGCAACGACACUACAGAGGUCAACUUCCACAUAAUUGGACAGAAGUGCAGCCACUGCAAGUCAUAUAACACGAGAACCAUUAGACCUCCUGUUCUUCCGCAGCAAUGA